CAUUACAGAAUUUGAGGAAGUGUUUUUAGGGGGAUUUUCGGGCUUGGAAAUAAAGUACCACUCUUCAUAAGCGAAACCAAUACACACUCGACAGCAAGAUUUUUCCAUUGAGGAUACUGUUACAAGAGCCAAUCUGAAAGACAUUUUUACCGGGAUCGUCUGCUAAUUUUAACCUGUAUUAGGACAGUGCAAGGUGUUCACACCGUCUGCACAAACACUGUGGUUUGACAAGGGUCAAGGCUCAAACUCCCCAUCUGAACACAUCCAGACAACGCUAUCACUCAGGACGUUUGAGAAUAUCCCAUUGUUUGUGAAAAAAAAAACACUUCACAAGAUGCCGAGCACCAAGGUGGAUCAUGCCGAUAAACAAGGCGGGAAAAAGUGGGGCGCGUUGAAGAAGGACCAAGACGGAGCAUUGUCGGAAAUAAACGAGGAACUUGUCAAAAAUGGCGACUACAGUUCUUACGAAGAUCUGGAAGAGAGACUCGCCAACUAUAAAAUCAAGUUCAUGGAAUUCGAUCAGGAUGACUCAGGUGACCUCGACGUCAAAGAUGUGACGUUCAUGAUGGAGAAACUAGGUCAACCGAAGAACCUUCUGGAAGUGAAGAAGAUGAUUGCUGAAGUAGACACCAACAACUCGGGCACAAUCAACUACAAUGAGUUCAUUGAGAUGAUGCUGGGCAAGAAGAACAGUGUUUUAAAGAUCAUCCUGAUGUUUGAAGAGAAAAGGAAAGAGAAGGAAAAACCAGCCGGAAUUCCACCUAAGAAGAGUUUGUCCGAUCUGCCAUAAAUAAUCGUCCAAUCUGUUACAGUUUAUCGGUUUUAAUCAAAUCUUUUUAUGACUCUGUCUAUGUACGUCACACGAUGCAGAUUACUAUACAGUUUAUA